AUCAAACAGGCUCUCAUUAGAAGUUACAGCUGCUAAAGCUUAUAGUAUAUAUAUAUAUAUACAUUUAUUUAUAUAUAUAUAUAUAUAUAUUUUACUCAUACUGAUCACACAUUACAUUAGUGUAACUUUUAUAUACAUUGAUAGAUUUAAAGAUAUGUCCAGUAUUAAGUGUCCCUGGCAUGUCUAGUGUAUACGCAUCGUUAUUUUGAAACGCAGUGUACUAUAAAAUAUAUAAAAAAAUAUCUUUAAUAUAAAUAUAAUCUACACAUUAUCUAACAUAAUGUCUAUCCUGUAACGUGUAAAUCUAAUACUGUUAUUCAAUCAUGUCAAAUGAACUUCGCACAGUAGGCCGCAGUCAUUGAUAAAAAUUUAAAUAAAAUUUACUGUGCCAGUGACUAAUUAUUAUGAAUUAGCGUAGAACUUUUAAUUAAAUUAUAUAUUAAAUAUUUAAAAACUACUUUUUUUUGUUCAUAUUUAUUUAUUUAUUUAUACUACAAAACGUAGUAAAUAAAGUGACAGUUUCGCUUUGAAGAAUUUCGAAUAGAAGAUCUUCGAUGUGAUUGUCACGUGGUCAAAGUUGGCAGACUCCACGAUCUGGUGAACUCGAAAAAUUAUACGUACAAUCUCACCUAACCUGAUUCUGUGUAACAAACGAGACAGUAAAUGUUGAUACAUUAGAGAGAGAGUUGUCUGCUAUAAAAAUUAAUCAUUUAUAAAAUAAAUUUAUUACCGACUGAAAAGAGUCUAAAGUUUCAAUUACGAGGCUGAGAAGUUUACGAAAGAUCAAGGAUUAUUUUUUGUUGUGAAUUAAAGAAAAAUCCAACUUUACUUAUUUGGAAAGACCUACUUACUCUGUAAAGGAAAAAAAAAAAAACAGAAUAUAACCUGGCGUGUGAUUACCCCAAUACCACUAAUAAUAAUUACCAGGAGUUACUCAAGAAUUAAUAACGAAGAUUUCAAUCUAAAAAUACAUACAAAUCAAAAUCCAUCACCAUGAUUGUAGACGACAAAUUAGAAAUGGAGAGUUUUUGGAUCAGCGGAGUUAUCACGGCAUUAAAAGCGCUGUCGUAUGUUUACGAUUUAUUGACAUUCCCAGUUUAUCUAUUUCUCCAACGUCCAUGGGAAAAGAGAAAAUUAUCACGAAAAAUUCGUGCAAAACCAAUUUAUAAAGAUGAAACUUCGAUUGUGUACCGAAAUGUUGAUCAGCCAGGACCGAUUCAUGUUGAAUUGGAGCGACUUAAUAUAGAUACUGUUGAUAAAGUAUUACGUUAUGCUACCGAAAUUCAUGGAGAUAAAAAAUGUCUAGGUACAAGACAGAUACUCGGUGAAGAAAAUGAACUUCAACCCAAUGGUAGAGUUUUUAAAAAGUACAAUAUGGGUGAUUAUAAAUGGAAGAGUUACAAAGACGUUGAAAGAUUGGUAACGUCAUUUGGAAAAGGAUUGCAAGAACGUGGACUAACAAAACGAAAAAACAUCGUAAUAUAUGCAGAAACACGAGCUGAGUGGAUGAUUGCAGCACAAGGAUGUUUCAAACAAGGUCUAUCUAUCGUAACUAUUUACACGACACUGGGGGAUGAAGCCAUUGCACACGGGAUAAAUGAAACAGAAGUCGAUACCGUGAUAACGAGUCAUGAACUAUUACCUAAAUUCCGAAAUCUAUUGUCAAUGACCCCUGAAGUUAAAUGUAUUAUUUACAUGGAAGAUCAGUUGGUACCAACAGACACAACUGGAUUCAAAGAAGGAGUCAGUUUAAUGCCAUUUUCAGAUGUUAUUGAAGUGGGUAACUCGUCCAAUGUUGAGUCUGUUGCUCCACAAACAGAUGAUACAGCUAUUAUUAUGUAUACAUCUGGCUCAACUGGUGUACCCAAAGGAGUUAUACUGACGCAUAAAAAUAUCCUUGCCAAUAUUAAAGCAUCUUGUAGCGCCUGUGAGACUAGACCAGAUGAUGUUUUUCUCGGUUUCUUGCCCCUGGCACAUGUAUUUGAACUUCUUGUUGAAUGUGUUGCUUUACUGGCUGGUGUACCCAUUGGUUACAGUUCUCCAUUGACAAUGAUUGAUUCUAGUAGCAAAAUUCAACGAGGAUGUAAAGGUGAUGCAUCUAUACUACGUCCUACAUGUAUAACUGCUGUACCACUAAUACUUGACCGUAUAUCCAAAGGAAUAAAUGAGAAAGUAAAAAAAAAAGGACCAUUUAGUCAGGCCAUCUUUAAAUUUGCUUAUCAAUAUAAACUCAAGUGGACAAAACGCGGCUUCGAGACACCUUUCUUCGAUCGAUUAAUAUUUAGCUCAGCUAAACAAGUUCUUGGCGGGCGAAUGAGGUUUAUACUGUCAGGUGGUGCUCCACUUACUCCAGAAACGCAUACUCAAGUUAAAAUUUGUCUAUGCACUGCAGUACUUCAAGGAUACGGUUUAACAGAAACCUGCUCGUCAGUCAGUGUUAUGGACUAUUACGACCGUUCCACGGGAAGAGUUGGUGCACCAGCUAUUGGUUGUGAUGUGAGACUAGAAAAUUGGGAAGAAGGUUCUUACAGAGUUACUGACACUCCUAAUCCACGUGGUGAAAUAAUAAUUGGCGGUGAUAAUGUGUCUCAGGGUUACUAUAAAAUACCGGAGAAAACUAAAGAAGACUUUUUCUACAAAGACGGUAAACGGUGGUUUAGAACUGGUGAUAUUGGGGAAAUUUUUCCCGAUGGCUGCCUUAAAAUAAUUGAUCGUAAGAAAGAUUUGGUAAAAUUACAAUUUGGUGAAUAUGUAUCACUUGGAAAAGUUGAAUCUGAAUUAAAAACCUGCCGACUAAUUGAAAAUAUUUGUGUGUAUGGUGAUCCUCAUAAGACUUAUACUGUGGCAUUGGUUGUACCCAAUGCAGUACAUUUGAAAGAAAUAGCUAAUCGUCUUGAUGUACCAUCAGACAAUUUUGAACAGCUUUGUGAGAAUCCACAAAUAGAAAAAGCUGUUUUGCAAGAAAUCAUUGAACAUGCCAAGAAAUCCAAUCUUCAGAGGUUUGAAAUACCUGGAGCUGUUAAAUUAUGUGCUGAACAAUGGUCACCAGACAUGGGUCUUGUUACAGCAGCUUUUAAAGUCAAAAGGAAAGCUGUACAAGAACGUUAUCAGCAUGAAAUAAAUCGGAUGUAUGCAUCGUGAUCUACUGAAUCUUCGGAGCUCAAGAAGCAUUAAAUUUAAAGAACAAAGUAAAUCUUCAUAAGAAGUAUCAAUAAAACAAAAUUAUAAUUUCAUAAAGUGAAAAUAAUUAUUACCACUUUUGUUUUUUUGGAAAUACAAACAGAAUAUUUAUAUAAAGGUGCUAUGAUAAUAUAUGAAGUGGAUGACAUAUUAAAGACAUAAUACCAUGAGGUCUGUCUAUAUUUAUUAGUACAGCCUCAUGGUUUUUGUGUACAAUCAUCGAAAGUAAUUAUUACUUUUUUUUUUCAACAGAUACCCGGAUAAUUUUAUAACGCACAGUUUUAAAUUAUUGAUACCUCGUUGUAGAAUGAGAUGAAUAUUGUUAUUUAUAACUUUUUUUAAACAUAAUUAUUUAAGUCUUCCGCGUUGUCAAUCGUACAAUCGUGUAAUAGAGUUUGGAAUUUUUUCGUUUGUUUUUUGUUAAUAAACUUAAAUUUAUCACUCAA